UACGAUAUACAUUAUCCUUCGCAUACAAUUCUGCCGUUCGAAUGGAAUUUCGUUUCGGCAAACGAUAGAAAUACACAGACCAUACAAAUAGUAGCAAGUAAUUUUUAGUGUCGGAAAAGAAAUUCCUUUUUAGAUUCACAGGAAAUUAACAUAGAGAAAAAACUGUGCUUUUUUUAAGCGUUGAAAUACCCAAAUAAAUAAAAUCGAUUUGUUUGUUUCGGUAAAGAAAUCACUGACACCAGAAUAGAACGUUGUUUUCGUAAUAUAGAAUUUCAUCAUAAAAAGGUUUUUUUUUCUGCGUUCAAUUUUUCAAGCUUUAAAGUAAUUGUGAUUUCAACAGAAAUAGAAAUGUGAAACAUUAAAGUGGAUCGCAAAGUGGCAGUGAACGCAUCUAUAGAUAAUGUAAAAAUAAUCCACACACCACAGACUAUUUGGAUUUAGUGACACAUAAAUCGAUAUAGGACACCAAAGUGCACACUUAAAGGAUAUUCCAAUUUAUUUCCAAUUAUUGAGACGAGCUGUAAAUUUUGUUGCUAAGCAUCUUCCUUUCAAUUUCUCACUCAAAAUGCCCAUGCACGCUGUGGGUAUUCAUUCCGCUAUGGCGAUCAAGCGCCAGCGGAAAAGGAGGGACGAACAACGACGGGCCAAGGAGCGUAGAUAUAGUAUACAGAGCUCGGAAAGUGGUGACACUCAACAUUCACCGCACGGUUCGACUAGACGAAAGUAUCGACAUCCGGCUGCUCAUUCGGCAGGCAAUGGAAUGCUAGAUACAAAGGUAGUAACAAGCAUCGGAAUGCUACAUAUCGGCGUAGUUUUUGUUGUUUUCGGAAUAUUUUUGCUAGGCGCUGGAAUAUUGCCAGACGAUAUUUCAACGUGGAAUCUUUUCGGUAAAAAUACAUGGUGGAACGAGCUGGUUUGCACGGGUUUAUUCGCUAUCGGUUUAGGCAUAUUUUUGAUUGUUCUGAACUGUUUGAUCAGCAAACGGGAAGAGGACGAUUUAGAGGAAUACGUUCAGCGACAGUUGACACGAUCCCGAUCUGGACAUCGUUUGGAAAGAGAUCUUGAAACUGGAGGCUUGACCACACGUCAUAAUCGUCGCAUUAAAUCACAUCAAGUAAUGGAAGAGGAUAACUUAUCACAAUCAAACGUCACUCCGAUAACAAGUGAAAUGAUAACUCCGACUACCCCGCAAGAUAUCGGGAUUUCAGGUGAUAUGUUGUUAGAGAAAAUUUUAGAGGAAGAUAGCAUUUAUGGUGAUGAUAGGACACGUGACAAUUUAUCACCCAUUGGCGGUAACGAUACCAAAUAUUUACUCGGCAAUGGUCACACCGUUAAUAUCACCAGAAUUUAAGGAACGAUUUUUAGAAUUAUAAAUUUAAGAAAAUAUCUUUCUAUAACAAAAUCUUAUGCUAAGUUAUAGUGAAUUAUAAAAUAAAAAUUUUAUGAAAAUUAUGAAACAAACAAUGAAAAUAUUUGUUAUAAGUGGAGGUUAUUGCGAUGUGGUUUUUUUUUUUAAUUUUAUUUUGAAACUGAAGCUCAAAGUGAAAUGGCUUCCCGAAUGAAGUUAGUUUGUAGACUUAAUUCAAUAAUUUAUUAUGUGGUAGAACUCAGCCAGAUAUUUUAUUUCGAAUUAAUUUAAGGAUUUUGUAUUGAUAAAAAUUUAAAUUGUGAUUUACAUUCAGACUAUGGGUUUAUUUUUAAGGAGCCUGCAAUUCUAACCAAACUUUACAUUACUAUAAUCUCUCUUCUUGUACCAAAUUGAACAAAAA